UUUUGUGUAAAUUAGAACGUAACUCAAAGGCUAUAUAAAGCUCCUGAAAGCAUGCGAGAGCUCUCUGUUACUAGAAAACUUUGUGGGAGUGAAGUUAAGUAGUUGACAAACGAUGUCGAAGAAACCGUCGUACAAAGUUGCGGACAUAAACCAAGCGGAAUGGGGGCGGAAGGAGAUUAUGCUUGCAGAAGAAGAAAUGCCAGGCCUUAUGUCCUUGCGAAAGAAGUAUGGAAAUAUGCAACCACUUAAAGGAGCUAGAAUUGGAGGCUGCCUGCACAUGACAGUCCAAACAGCAGUGCUGAUAGAAACUCUAUUAGAACUGGGAGCAGAGGUGCAGUGGUCUAGCUGUAAUAUAUUCAGUACACAAGAUCAUGCCGCUGCUGCAAUUGCUAAACGAGGUGUUCCAGUUUAUGCAUGGAAAGGAGAGACAGAUGAAGAGUACAUCUGGUGUAUUGAGCAGACGUUAGUUUUCAAUGAUGGACAGCCUCUAAAUAUGAUUCUGGAUGAUGGUGGUGACUUGACAAGUUUGGUCCAUGCAAAGUAUCCACAGUACCUGGAGGGGAUCAGGGGAAUAUCAGAGGAGACAACCACAGGAGUGCACAAUCUAUACAAGAUGUUGAAGGAGGACAGACUAAAAGUUCCUGCCAUUAAUGUCAAUGACUCUGUUACAAAGAGCAAGUUUGAUAACCUGUAUGGUUGCCGUGAAUCCCUUAUUGAUGGCAUAAGAAGAGCGACAGAUAUCAUGCUGGCUGGUAAGGUGGCUGUAGUGGCAGGAUAUGGUGAUGUUGGAAAAGGGUGUGCUCAGUCACUACGAGCAUUUGGAGCCCGAGUUCUCAUCACUGAGAUUGACCCCAUUGUUGCAUUGCAGGCAGCAAUGGAAGGUUAUGAGGUAACAACGAUGGAAGAGGCUUCUAAAGCGGGACAGAUAUUUGUUACUGCAACAGGCUGUUUGGAUAUAAUCACAGGUGAUCAUUUCCUCAACAUGCGAAAUGAUUCCAUUGUUUGCAACAUUGGUCACUUUGAUUGUGAGAUCAGUGUAGCCUGGCUAGAGAAGAAUGCUGUGGAGAAGAUUAACAUCAAACCUCAGGUAGAUCGGUACAAAUUGUCCAAUGGGAACCACAUAAUUGUGCUGGCUGAGGGCCGACUGGUGAAUCUUGGUUGUGCGAUGGGUCACCCAUCCUUUGUGAUGAGCAACUCCUUUACAAACCAGGUGCUGGCACAGAUAGAACUGUGGACCAAGCCAGAGCAUUACAAAGUUGGAGUUCACAUGCUGCCAAAAAAGCUGGAUGAAGAGGUGGCAGCCCUACACUUAGAUCACUUAGGAGUGAAGCUGACCAGAUUGACCCAGAAACAAGCCAACUACCUUGGAAUUCCUCAAGAAGGCCCAUAUAAGCCUAAUCAUUACCGUUACUAGUGGAGUCAUCUUGCCAAGUUUCAAGAUACCAUUCCCACACAAAGAAUGCUUUUUAUAUGGUAAAGAUACUUAUGUAUCAUCUAGUUUUAUUGUAUUUUUAUUCUAUUCUGCAUAAUAAACUCUUAAAAGACUGUGCCAGUAACAGAACUGAUGCAUUUUUGUAACUAAAGUUACUUAUGUCUCAAUUUUAUUGUAUUUUUAUUCUGUUCUGCAUAAUAAACUCUUAAACGACUCUGCCCGUAAGAGAA